AUGGAUGGUAACCACCAAGAUGGCGAGGCCGUCGCUAAGCUCUCGAGGAAGAGCUACCUUGGAAGAAAGAAGGCUGCUGAAGCUCGCGUAACAGCGGAGAUCGACACGACUAGGGCUCCGCUCUUCAUGUACUAUAUAAUCAGAGCAGGCGCAGACUCAUUCCUGGGCUUUCUGAGACAGAUAGCGGCAAGAAGAAUCGGCUCCGAGAACAACACCGACAACGACCGAAACGACAUGGACAAUUUCCUCACCUACGAGAUGGCUGUCAGCACAGAGGGCUGCACCGACGAAGAAGCGACGGAGAUAGUCAGAGAAAAGGUGCGACGCCUCUAUGCCGUCUUGGCCAACGCCAAGCAGACCACGCUCGACCCGGCUACGUUCAACUACCUUGCUAUGAUCGGCCACUCGGCCAUGACGACGCAGAUUGACAAGGCCGACGUCUUGAGAGAAGUCGACUUCGAGGAGGAAGACGACAACCCGGCAACAAUACUUGGAAUAUUCAGGCAGCUAGAGACACUCGCGCGGGAGCACGGUGUAGUUGAUAUCGCGUGUCACAUCUCUCUGGUCUUCUUCCACGUCCUCUUGCAUCUGACGAACUGCAUCAACAAGUCUGGCGUGGCGACAGACUCCUGUGAGCGGCAUGCUCAAGCAUUCUUGGAGCGCCAAUCUGUCGACUACCUGUCUUAUGGUAGAGCUCUACAGGAUGCAAGUGUCGCUCAAAGCGCCAUUGCGACACGAGUGCUUGCGCUGGCGCCGGAGUUGCAAGAGAUAGUUCUCGAUUCUCUCGCCAAGGCUUGCUGCGUGCCUGGCAUGGUGUUCGAGCAGGGUGACAUUGCGAUUCAAGUACAAGAGCUGCUCAAGAGACUUGCCAGUACGAGGCUCACCAACAGCCCGCGCAUAACCAUGGGGCAGGCCAACGUCGAGCGACUUCGAAAGAGAGAACGCACAUCGCACCCCGGAUACGAGUACACAAACGUGGAACAGCUCACGGCACAGCUCGGGGCUCUAGCCGAGGAGGUCAUCGUCAAGAACAUCGCAGUACUUCACCCUGCCCAGUUCCCAACCAAGGCCAGACCAGAUCGCCUACCCUACCCCAUGGAGCUCAGUGCGCAUACCCGUCACAUUCGCACUUUGCAACUUCAGCUCGAGAUGGCGCCCGUGGGUGGUAUACAGUACACGACCAACAUCUUCCAAACCCAGGACAACAUCGGCAACAUCAUGUCGUGGCUCCCGGCUCUCAAGGUGCUGAAGCUCGACAUCGACUACAUCGCGCAGAAUGGACGCUUCCACCAAUAUGUACAGUGGAUGGCCCGCGGCUCUAAGGGCUUCACAACCUUCACAGAGCUGCUGGAGGGACUUGUCAAUGCUCUACGAGUAGUCCCAGUCACUAAUCGCUCGAUUAGCUACUGGGAGUACGGCGACCGCCCCUGGGAACUGAAUGGACAGAAGUCGAGAUGCGGUUGGACUGUCGAGGACGCUACUCGUCCAGACCGCGAGCAGAAGGAUGCAAGUGCCUUGGGCAGUGGCGAGAUCGUUGGCUCGAUGAUGAAAGAGCUGGGUACUGAGUUUACGCUGUAA